AUGCAGUUCCGGCCAAUGAGCUUCGUUCAGAUUGAGUUCGAGGGCUUGAGCGGAGCUACUGGAGCACGCUACGGCCUGUUCUCCGCAGCAAUUGUGAAGGAUGCUUCGAUUCAAGAGAAGCAAAUAAGCAACAUUAAUGCCUGUAUUGCAGGACAGACGACUGCCGGCCCUAGACUACCAUGGAUGGCGUCUUCAUCAAAUGGGGAUGAUGGCCAUGACAGCGUGGUCGAGGUUUCCGAGUUCAUGCAAGUGGCCGGAAGCAUUAUGUACCAUAAACCAUCAGUAGACGUUUUGCUGGACGUCGAUGGCGCUGGCCCGGGAUUCGAAGACUUUACUGUUUCGAAACCUGGUCCUCGAACUGCACAUCCACAUACGUAA